CGUGUGGGCAAUGUUCUGUAUACUAAACUGCUGUAUCACAUACCUUGCGCAUAAGUGAGCGAUGCCUAUGAACCGCGUUUUUGACACAAUUGCAGUGAACAUGCUUUGAUACUGGCUUUGAUAGCCCCCGAUAGUUGCAAUGUUGGCUGGGCCAGGCUAUCCAGGGCCUCCUCCGCCUGGCCCACCACCAGGGCCACCAGGGGGGCCUCCGCCUGGAGGAGGCGGGGGUUAUGGGCCUGCUGGUUAUCGGCCACCCAAGCAUGGACACUCUAGUGGGAGACAAAAUGCUCCGCCUGGAUUCCGUGCCAUGCCUCCGCCUGGCGGCAAGCCAGGGAGCAGCAGCGCGCAUGGGCAUCGCGGGCACCAGGCUCCUGCUCCACCCCCGCCAGCGCACCACGCUUCCAGCAACAUUAUACCUAUAGCGGCAGAAAAUAGACUUCGGCGAGACACGCCAUUCCUGGCACACAUUCGGUUCAGGAAUGACUUGCCGGAGAUCCCCUCGGACCCGAAAAUGCUCGUCUCGCAAAUCCAGCCGGAGGUGCUCUCUCGCUUCGGGCUCACAGCCCUGGAGCGCCAGGCGCGGAGAGACCUGCUCACACCGCCCAACAUCACCAUCUCCCCGCUGGACGUGCAGCGGUACCAGGUGCCGGAUCAGGCCGUUCCCAUGGACCCCGCGGACGCGGCGCUCUUAAAGGACGACGCGCGGCCGCUGGCCAUCGGCGGCAGCCCGCUGCCGGCCGCCGCCGACGGCCGGCACAAGAGCUUCGCGGCGCGCUCCAAGGACGUGGACGUAACCAAGGUGUCCUGGCUAAUGCGCACCACCUACAUCUCGGCCUCGGACAACCGCGGCGCCGCCAAGCAGGGCCUGCCGGAGAAGCAGGUGCUGCAGGCGCGCGCGGCGGAGCGACGCUUGGCGGCGGUGGCGGCCGGCACCGAUUUGGACGACCGCGAGCUCAACGACCGCGAGGCGCAGGUCCGGGCCAUUGAGGCGUCCUUCGAGGCGGCGCGCGCCCAGCCGGUGCACUCGCGCAACCCGGCGCUGAAGCCGGUGGAGGUGCUGCCGGUACUGCCCGACCCCACCGCCUGGCAGCACAAGCUGCUGCUCACCACCUUCCACGACUCGGACCCCGGGGAGGAGCUGGCAGCGGUGGUGGGGCAGGAGGCCAUGGCGGGGCUGCCGUCCGCCAAGCGGCCGCAGCUGCUGGUGGGGCACUACCUGCUCAAGGGCUUCACGCACCACAUCUCCAAGGCGGGCCAGGACCGCGAGCUCAAGAUCAUGGCGCUGCUGGUGCGCGAGGACGUGGACCGCAUGGUGGCGCGCACCGCGGCGCAGGUGGCGCAGCAGGAGCAGGAGGCGGCGGCGGCAGCGGCGGAGGGGCGCGAGCCGGCGCAGGCGCAGGCGGAGCCGGUGCUGCAGCCGGAGGACCUGGAGGGCGACUACCAGUGGACCAAGGACUACAACUACGAGCUCAAGCGCGACACUGUGCACUAUGCGCUGCGACUGGACAAGGACGCGGCGCGCUUUUACAGGAUGCAGGGCAAGCUGGAGCUGCGCAGCUGGCGCGACGAGGAGAAGCUGGCGCGCGACCGCAGCCGCAAGCGUGUCAUGGGGUCGGCCAACGAGGAGCCGGCGGAGGAGGAGACGGACGGCUCGGACCAGGUGCAGCGGCCGUCCAAGAUCCACGUCACCACGCGCGACCUCAACGACCGCGAGCUGGAGGACCGCGAGUCCAAGCGCAAGGAGCUCAUGCCGCUGGCGGAGUAACGGCUGUAGCGGCGUAGCGGCGGCGGAGGCGCGGCGGAGGCUGCAGCAAGGGAGGCAGUAGCAGCAGUGGGCGUGGCUGCAACGCUGGGAUGUGAGGCGCGGUGGAGGCGUGGCAGCAGGAGCUGUGGCGAGGACAGGAGGCAAGGGAGUAGCACCUUGCGGCUCAGGGUGGGCGACAGCUGGAGUCGCACGAGGAGGAGACGGCGCUGCACUGCACUUGCAGUGUGCCGGGUAGGGGCUUCCAGUCAAACGGGACCCGGUAGCUGCCAGUGGGCGGAGGGGACGCCAGUGGUAGCAAUCCCCUGGGCGCGUGCGAGCGGGCCCAUGCAGGGCGGAGCAGCAAGGCACAGGUGCCUGCAGGCGGCUCGCCCGUGCUAGGCGUGCGCCGCGAAUUUGUACUGCAUGUUCAGUGAAGGGGGACUCUGAAGCUGCUCGCAGAUGCACACCGUGCAUUCCAUCAUUUGCACUGAGGUUGUGCUUGCAUUGAUAGGGUUGUAAGGUGGUUUGCCAUGCUUUGAUGUAGAACGUGCAGCGUCUGGGCGUGGGUGCAGGGCCGGGUCUGGGGAGGGGUGGGGCCACGGAGUGGGAACGCACGCACGGUCCGCUUUGAGGGUGCUGUGGCGGGAAUGCGGAUCAGCGCACAAAGGCUUGCUGUGCGCAUUGCUAUGCUGCGACAUCAUUAACGCAUUGGGGCAAUCCAAAGGAAUUGCGGCUUGAAGUCGAAAGCUUAAAGACUGGUAAGCCCAAUCCCAUU